AAGUUAACAAAAUACUGAAAGUGAAAGUAGACUUUUUAGGUUUCUGUCAGGGUCAGUAAACAAAAAUGUUUUCAUUGUCGAGUUUUAUUGUGUAUAUAGCUGGAAAAAGUCGUUUAAGGCCUCAAGGUAACAGAGCAUUGUUUAUCCCUCACAACAAAUCGCACACUGUUCCGGUUCAGUUGCUGGGAAUGGUGAGGUCCUUUGUCCCUCCUCUGACAUAUGAAUUUCACAAAGGAAUGAUGGGUAGAAUUGGAAUCGUUGGUGGCUGUAGAGAGUAUACUGGAGCCCCAUAUUAUGCUGCUAUUUCUGCCUUAAAAUUGGGGUGUGAUUUGUCCUAUGUAUUCUGUACUGAGGGAGCAGCGACAGCCAUCAAAUCCUACAGCCCGGAGCUCAUUGUCCUCCCCUACCUGGACAGUGUAUCUGCUGGUCAGGAGAUGGAGAAUUGGAUUCAGAGAAUCCAUGUCUUGGUGAUAGGGCCAGGACUUGGGAGGGAAAAAAAGAUUUUAGGAAAUACUAAGGACAUCGUGAUUCAGGCGAAAGAGCGAGGCCUUCCUAUGGUGAUAGAUGCUGAUGGUCUUCACAUGAUUACAGAGGACCCAUCCAUUAUUAUUGGGUAUAAAAAGGCCAUUCUUACACCAAAUAAAGUCGAGUUUGAAAGACUCUUUGAGAAAAUUGUUGGUCACAAGCCUCAUGAUACAGAUCUGGUAGGAAAUGUUAACACCCUGAGUCGUAAAAUGGGGAAUGUUACCAUCCUACAAAAGGGAGAAGAUGACAUCAUCUCGGAUGGUGACAAUGGUGAGUUAGAUCACAUGAUGGUGCAGUUUAUAUAUGAUGUAAUUCUUGACUGUUUUUAUUGCUUUUGUAAUAAUUACUAUGAGAUUAUAAUCGAAUUUCGAUACUAUCAGUACAUUAACAGUAAUUCUGUGCCGUGAACUCAGCAGCUGAGACCAGUGGCAGUUUAUCACCAUGGGUUGUAAUUUUAGUGACUGUUUAGUGCAGACUUCUUCUCAUACUGAGGAAAUUCUGGCAAAAUUCACACCUGAGUCCGGUCCUUCUGUAACUCUUGUCUGUAUCAUAAAGUCUUAUUAAGCUCUCAAAUCUAAUUAGCAUAACAUUGUAAUCAUAGGAGUAAUUGAUUUAUGUCUCUUUUGUAGACACAUUUAUUCCAGUUUUAUUCUCUGUGAAAUGUUCUAAGAUAAAGUGCCUGAUAUUGCAAGAUAAUUUAAACCACAAUUUAAGGCUUAUGUGACACUGCCUCAGUCCUGGAGUACUUCAGAGCAGCUUUUAUCAGGUGAAUUUUCCCCAAAAAGCCUUCUCUGAUGAAAUGUUUAUGUGUUUGACAAAAGAUCUGUGAGAAGGGAGACCCACCACCAACACUGUCCAUUCCUCACAGGAAGAUAAAAUUCUAACUUUGUUUCACAUAUGUUGUCAGAGUACCAAGGACUCUAUAUACAGUUCAUUGUGAAAACAUAACAUGAUAGAUGCUGGCAAUAUACACAGUAGGAAUGCAAGAGAAGCAUUUAGAAUUCUUGUCAGUGGCAGUCGUCUGAAGAAAAUAGAAUGAACCUAAUGGAAUGCAUUUUGAAUUUUUGGAUACAAUGAACAACAGGUUCAUGUAAUUUGUAUUUUUUCGUGUUAGUAGAAGCCAUCUUGGAAGGAAAGCUUGCUAUUAUAUGUGACUUGUUUCAUAGUUUUAAUUUAAAAGGCUACACAAUAUGAAUGACCCCCUAAAAUUCCUUUCAGUCUUUUAAAGCAAAGUUGACAGUACUCUAGUUUGAGAUAUUGUGAUUUUUAAAAAAAAAAAUUUAAAUGCUGGUAAACAUAAUAUAUUUUCCAUAAUUUCAAAAUUUUAUUUAAAAGUGCACAUUUUCAAACCGUUUUCCUUUCCAAAAAUAUAGAGGGACUUUGUAAACAUGCUUCAUAUUAUUGCUACAUAUUUAUCUUUCUAUGAUAAGUCAAAUGGAAAUGCUUAUCUAGUCGGUCUAUGUAUUUUAAAUUUUAAAAAAAAACUAGACAGUUUUUUUGAAAUAUAAGGACAAGUAUGAUAUGAUUAAGGAGGUACUCUACAUCAUCUUAAUCGCUGACUUUCUUUUAAAACAUGGGAGAAAAUAUAAAUUUCAGCAAAAUUUGUGUAUUCAUUUAAAAAAUCAUCGCCUAGCUGAGUAUCUCAGUAGGUUAGCAUGUUGACUGCUGAACUGUAGAUCGCGGGUUUGAGUCAAGAAGAGGUUUUAAUUUUUUUCAGAAUGCUUUCUACUAAAACUGUAUAUUUUGACUAAAUAAAGUAAAUUUGAUUUUUCAUCCAUAUGAAAUUUCUCUGGUGUAGCAUAUCUCCUUAAUGUUGUAAAUCUUGGAGAUAAUACGCCUACAAUACAACGUUAUAAUGAUAUCUAGACAGAUUUUGUUGGUCAGUCAAACACCGAGCAUGAUGUCUUCCCAUUCACACACAACAUCAACCACUAAAUGUGAUUGAACUCCAGCAUUGUAAUGAAGUAUAUACAUUAUAUAUAUUUAUCAUUUCUAAAUGAAAUUGAAUAUGUAUUUAAAUGAUAAUGGAAA